AUGAGCACAUUCGAGCUGUGGCUCACGCCGUCCAUCACCCUCUCGCUCAUCCUCGAGUCCGAGAGCCCGGCGCCCUCGUUCAUCCGCUGGGCGUCAUCCUGGCUUCUCUACUUCCGCCCGGCGCUCCUGAAGCAGGCAUUGGCGUACGAGCUGGAGCAGAGGCCGGAGCAGGAUGUCGUGUCGGCUGGGACGCUCAGGAUCGUCGACUACGCCUGUUUCCGGACCACGACAGCCGAGGGAGGUAGUCUGUACCGGCCAGCGGAUCCUGACUCGCUCAGCCUGGGCAUUGCCGCGUCGGAGAGCAUCGAGGUGCCAUCAUUAGAAUACGAUCUUCUCUCGACAGCGCUCGAGCGAGUAUUGCGGACCUAUGCGAUCGUGGGUGCAGUACAGGAGCUAGCGGAGACUCCCUUUCCGAGUGAUGGGAGUGCGGACGGCGAGUUGAAGGAGUUGUGGAGGAUCUUGAAGCCGGAGGCGGAGCUGCCGUCAAUGUCGGGCAAGCAUUGGCAAGAGAUUGGCUUUCAGAACGUCUCUCCUGCAACCGACUUUCGCGGCGUCGGAAUGCUCGGCCUGCAAGCCUUCCUCUAUUUUUCGCGAACGUACCGGGAUAGAGCGGCGGAGAUCGUCGAAGAAGCUGUCGGUGGCGGAGAGAGCUGGUAUCCUCUCGCCCUCGCCUCAAUACACCUGACCGCCUUCGCUCUCGACCUAGCUACCUCCCGCGACCUUCAGCUCUUCCUCCUCCGCUCCGUCCAGACUCGACCCGAGACCACCCCAGCCGCGUCUUCAGACGCCCCUACGAAGGACGCCGACCUCGAUAUCGAGCCGUUCCUGCGGAUAGCGUCUGACUUGUUGCUGCUCUUCCACUCGCACUGGCGACAAGGAGGCUUUACGGUCAUGCAAUUCGAGCAAACGAGCAAGUCCUUCCAAGCCGCCCUCCGACCUUGGAUCCGCCGCGGCAUCCUGGACGGGCGGGCGCUCGGAUGGGAGACGUGGGAUGAAGGAGCGGUCAAGCUAGAGUAG